AUGUUUCGCAAGAAGAAGAAGAAGAGACCAGAAAUUUCAGCACCAAAGAACUUUGAGCAUCGGGUGCACACUUCCUUUGAUGCAAAGCGUGGAUGUUUUGUUGGCCUCCCAACCCAAUGGCAGAGUAUCAUUGAUAACCUGCGCAGACCCAAACCAAUGGUGGACCCCUCCCGGAUAACACCAGUGGAGCUGAAACCAAAGAAGACUAUUGUGCGUGGGAGUUUCAUUGGCCAUGGAGACUACAUCUCAGCCAUGCUGUCUGACAUAAACCGUCUCUCUGUGACCAGCUCAAACUCCCUGCGGAAGAGCAGUCCAUCAGCACGAAAGAGAGCCCAGUCUUUGGGUCGUCUUGGGGAGGUGAGAGAGGGUGACACUUACCAGUAUGAGGAUCUAAAUGAGGUUGACCCCAGUGAGGGUCAGUCAUAUUGGAAGGAUAGGGCAAGAAACAUACACAGUGAAACUGGAACACCUCACAUGGGCAUGAAGAAGAGCAUCACACUGCAGCCUAAUGGUGUUCUGCCCAGGGCUAAGUCCACCUAUGAAGUCAGUGUGAGUUCCCUGGAGGGUCCCACACCUCCAGCACCACCUGCCCUUCCGGCUCCCCCUCCUCCUCCUAUUCCAGUGCCCCCAAGGGGGGGAUAUGGGGUUGGAGAGAUUGGCAGCCCGACAGAGAGACUUGUAGUGAGGAAGGAGAUACCCAGGAUAAUUCCACACAAUCAGAAACCUAUCUCCUGCUUCUAUAGUCCUGCUCUGCUACCCCAUCAUCCUCAUGGAGAGCAUGUGGGACACAAUCUUGACUUGCGGACUACCAACCAACUCCUUGUCCAUCCUGAAAACAGUCCUGGAAGACCCUACUCCUCUUAUGAUCUAAAGUCAGAUGCAGUUUUGCGGCACCAGUCUGGUUUCUUACACACUGGUACCAGUCCACUUGUAAAUAGCUCCAGACCUCACCGAGCAGUCCGUUCCUCAUCCAGCUACACAAUAGGACUCUCUCCGAACAUCAGCCUGCGACCUAAUGGACCUGACCCCUAUUUACAACAUUCUGGAUGCCCAAACCCUGGCCUUUUCCCCACCCAAGACAGUCCCUCCCAACCUCGCCCAUCCCCAACUGGUUCCUUGGCAACCAGCCCUCCAGGAACAUGUUCCCCAGCAUUCCGACCUCCCCAGCACCCCUCUCCCCGGCCACCCCCUGAUCCCCCCAAGGUAACCCAUGAGCAAUUUAAGGCUGCUCUGCAGAUGGUAGUGGAUAAGGGAGAUCCACGUUCAUAUCUGGAGAACUUUGUGAGGAUCGGUGAGGGUUCGACUGGUGUUGUGUGUAUUGCACGGGAAAAACAUAGUGGCCGACAGGUGGCUGUGAAGAUGAUGGACCUACGCAGGCAACAGAGAAGAGAGCUGCUUUUCAACGAGGUUGUAAUUAUGAGAGACUACCAGCACAGGAAUGUGGUAGAGAUGUAUAAGAGUGCUCUGGUGGAGGAGGAGCUUUGGGUCAUUAUGGAAUAUCUUCAGGGUGGAGCUCUCACCAACAUUGUGUCUGAAACCAGGUUGACUGAGGAACAGAUAGCCACAGUGUGUGAGGCAGUGCUUCAGGCGUUGGCAUACCUUCAUUCACAAGGUGUCAUCCACAGAGACAUCAAGAGUGACUCCAUACUCCUCUCUCUGGAUGGAAGGGUCAAGCUGUCAGAUUUUGGCUUUUGUGCCCAGAUUAGCAAAGACAUCCCUAAGAGGAAGUCCUUAGUAGGAACACCAUACUGGAUGGCACCUGAAGUUAUCUCAAAAUCUGCUUAUGGCACUGAGGUGGAUGUGUGGUCUCUGGGGAUCAUGGUAGUGGAGAUGGUAGAUGGUGAACCUCCAUAUUUCAGUGAAACUCCUGUGGCAGCCAUGAAGAGACUGAGAGAUGAGCCAGCACCCACAGUCAGAAAUGUUCACCAAAUCUCUCCAGUGCUCAAGGACUUCUUGGACCGCAUGUUAACAAGAGACCCAAUGGAGCGGGCCAGUGCCACUGAUCUACUGGAACAUCCUUUCUUGUUGCAGAGCAGCUCUCCACAGUGUUUAGUGCCCCUAGUGGAGCUCUAUCGCAAGCGCAUGUCCCGCUGCUGA